AGGCAAAACCCAAGGAAUGCGUCUAUAAAUGUUGGACAAGAUGUCACUGACUUUUCAGCCCCUCCUCCACUCUCCACUGGACCGGCAGUCCGGCCCCCUUGGACCACUGAUCCCUCCUUUGCUGAGCGCUAUGCUCCAGACAAAACAACCACUGUAUUGACUAAGCACAGUCAACCAGCGACCCCAACUCCAGCGCAGAACCGCAGCUCAAUCCUGCAGGCUGCGCAGCCUGCUCCUUCUGGGGAAAAGACUCCUAUCUGCUCCCAGUGUAACAAGGUCAUUAGAGGGAGAUACCUACUAGCGCUGGGUCGUUACUAUCAUCCCGAGGAGUUUACUUGUUCACAGUGUCACAAAGUAGUUGAGGAAGGUGGAUUCUUUGAAGAAAAGGGAUCCAUAUUCUGUCCAAGGUGCUAUGAUGUCCGGUUUGCUCCUAAUUGUGCCAAGUGCAAAAAGAAGAUUACGGGGGAGAUCAUGCAUGCUUUAAAAAUGACUUGGCAUGUUCAGUGUUUCACUUGUGCCUUCUGUAAGACCCCCAUUCGCAACAGAGCUUUUUACAUGGAGGAAGGACAGCCGUACUGUGAAAGAGAUUAUGAAAAGAUGUUUGGUACUAAGUGUCGGGGCUGUGACUUUAAGAUUGAUGCCGGUGACCGUUUCUUGGAAGCUCUUGGAUUCAGCUGGCAUGACACCUGUUUUGUGUGUGCGAUCUGUCAAGCUAAUCUGGAAGGCAAGACAUUUUACUCAAAGAAGGACAAGCCCCUCUGCAAGACUCAUGCCUUCUCCAAUGUCUGA